AUGGCCGAGCCACGACGUUCUCGAGAUGUCUUCCCCUUCUUUGAGUUGCCUCUUGAAAUGCGCGACAUGAUUUACGCCGACAGCCUCCAGGACGUGAGAGGCAACCUCAAGUGCGGCGGACUGAAGUACAAAUUCAGCAACAUGCCGCGUGCAAAUCUGCUACUGGUCUCCAAGCAGUUCGGACAAGAGUACAAGGCCCGCGCACGGAAGACAAAGAAGACUCUGCUGCUAGAGGACACCCAUGACACCGGAAACUCCCACGCCUUGAAGCUGCCAGGCCCAACAGCUGCAUACACCACCAUCACGCUCAACAUCAGCAUCCAUCCCCAUGGCCCGGACCAGGACCUUUACUAUUAUAUGGGCUGGUUGCUUGCUCUCACCUCGCUACUGCCAUCAUGCACUUCAUGCACCGCCUUUCGACUCAACAUCAAGAUGAGCCAUCUCGACCUCGCCAAUCUGCAGGAAAUGGUGGGGAAGUUAAUCAGUAAAGCUUCUCGGCUUUGCCCGGUCUCUUUCGACGCGCAGGUCAGUGGUGCUUCACGUGGACAUUAUGCAGACUUCCGGUCAGGAUUGGAGAAGGACUCUGUUCCGAUGAUGAAGUGGUCGCGCGAGAAGCAGGCGUUGGAGCCGAUUCCUCGGUAG